AUUUUGCUACGGUCCCGUCUUAUUCUCCGUACAAACGAGUCCAAGUAUAGAAGUAACUUAUCUCAUUGAUAUUCCCCAAUCUUUUUUAAAUAACCAAUCUGGAUUAACCGGUUUGCAGCCGGUUAUUCCCGGGUAUUUUUAUCCCUACUGACACCCUCUCUCGUUUGCUUGCCCGCCACGGUGACCUCCUCCGCCGGCAUUCCUCCGACGUGUCGGAGUGAUUCUCACCGGGAUUAGCAUUCCGGCAACAAACCGAUCGGCUCACAACCUGCACUUACAGAUUCAUCUGCAUAUGGCAUCAGAAGAGUUAAACAGAGAUUUUUCAGCCCUGCAUGUUAGUACAGAUGCCCAAUGCAACAGGAGAGGCUCACUGGGAAAUCAAGCAAUGGAAAAUGAUGUACGGAUCACAUGUUUUACAGCAGAUAUGCAUGAUCUCGCAUUUCACUUUCAGAUCAUAAAGCUCACAAAGCAGAUCUAUGUGUGGAUUGGGUGCAACUCUGCAAGGUUUGGGCAUUUAUAUGCUGCUCCAACUGCUGGACCGAACAUUGAAGUGAGUGUUACUUCUUUGAAUGGGGGCUGUUCUGACAACACUGGGUCCAGCAUUUACUGAAGACUGGUCUUACCAUAGAUUUGGCAUGCAAAAUACCAAAAGACAGCCCCGUGCUUGAGGUAA